AUUGACAACAACAAAGCGAAACGGUCGAGUCACCAUGAUGACGAAGGCAACAGCAGCAACAACAACAACAUCAACAACAACAAUGUUGUAUCUGGUGCUACUGGUCGGACUGCUGCUGGUGGACAAUGCCGCCUCAGCCCGCAAGCUACCCAAGCGGCCGGCAAAACCGUUGAAGACAUUUCCGCGCAACAACGCAACGCCGACAAUUGCAGCAGCCGCAGCACUUGCGGCCGCAGACUCUUUGAGCGGAAGCGAGCUACCAAAACCGUUGACACCACAUGCGAGCGAACAACAACAGCAGCAGCAGCCGGCAUCGGCAUCGCCAGCGGAAGCUGCUCUAGCGGAACCUGGAGCAACACCUGUCAAUGGCGAGAGCAAAAUCGAUGAUCUCAGCAACGCAACCGCUGCGCCUCUGGGCACCAGCCAGAUCGACGAAGACUGCGAGCCGGAUAUGAUUGGCUUUGAGCUUAUAACUGGGUACGUGCUAUCGGCGCCAUCGAGGCAAUUGGAGACGUUGCCUGGCACACUGAUGCUGACCGACUGCUUGGAGGCCUGCCAGGCCAAUGAAUCUUGCAAUGCGGUUAACUAUGAGACGGGUCUGUGCGUUAUGUUCCGCAGCACUGCCGAUCAGCUGCCAGGUUCACUUUCGCGCUCGCAGUAUCCCGUUUUCACGGUCUACGCACAGAAAUCGUGCUUCGGUGUGCGUCCCUGCUCGAAGGCCUGGUGCAUCGAUCGUGUCCAGGGCUACCGUCUACCCGAGCAUGCCAAGUCAAGCCAAAGUGUGGCCACGCGACGCGACUGCAUCGAGCUGUGUCUGGGCGAAACGGAGUUCACCUGCCGUUCGGCCAACUUUUAUGCGCACUCUGGCCUAUGUGAACUGUCGGACAUGGAUCGCAUUACGCUGUCGGAGGAGGCAAACAUUUUGGCAUACGAUGGCGCCGAAUAUCUAGAAAAUAACUGCGCCGAGGAGCCAAGCAAACUGUGCGAGUUCAAGCGCAUCGCGGGACGCAUUUUAAAGACCGUCGACUCUGUGCACCAGAACGUCCAGAGCAUUGACGAUUGCCGUGACCUCUGUUUAACCGCCCCCUUCCGCUGUCACUCUUACGAUUAUAAUGAAACCGGUGAGCAUGUCUGCCGUCUCUCCCAUCACAGUCGCGCCACAUUGAGUGAUCUCUCUGAGCCCUAUCUGAACAUCGAAGAGGCGGCCACCUAUGAGCAGUCUGCUUGCUACAAUGUCUCCAUCGAUUGUCGUUCCGGUGAGAUGAUCACCAAGAUACGCACCUCCAAACUGUUCGAUGGCAAAGUCUAUGCCAAGGGAGCACCCAAAUCUUGUGCCGUUAAUGUCAACAACUCGUUGGAGUUUGAUCUGCGCAUGCGUUAUAAUGAUCUUGAGUGCAAUGUGCGCCAGAGUGCCUAUGGUCGUUAUAUGAAUGAUAUUGUCAUCCAGCAUCAUGAUAUGAUUGUCACCUCCUCCGAUCUUGGACUCGCCGUUAGCUGUCAAUAUGAUUUGACUAACAAGACAGUUGUGAAUAAUGUUGAUCUGGGCGUCACUGGCGAAAUUGAGUCUACUUUGAGCGAGGAAAUAAUUGUGGACUCACCGAAUGUGAUAAUGAAGAUCACCGCACGCGAUGGCAGCGAUAUGAAGCGCAUUGCUGAGGUCGGUGAUCCGCUGGCGCUGCGAUUCGAGAUCGUCGAUGCAAACAGUCCGUAUGAGAUCUUUGUGAGGGAACUGGUUGCCAUGGACGGCACAGACAGCGCCGAGAUUACGCUGAUCGAUGCCAACGGCUGUCCCACGGAUCAAUAUAUUAUGAGUGCUAUGCAAAAGAUGGCCAGCAACCGCAAGGUGCUGCUCUCACAAUUCGACGCCUUCAAGUUUCCCUCCUCGGAGCUAGUGCAAUUCCGCGCCCUGGUCACGCCCUGCAUACCGCGCUGCGAACCGGUUAUCUGCGACAACGAUGAGAACGGUGAGCUCAAGUCUCUCCUAUCCUAUGGCCGUCGCAAGCGUUCCGUCUUCAAUGGCACCGAUGGCGUUGAGAUGGCUGUUAAGUUGCAACGCCAAAAACGUGAUGUGAGUCAUCAGGCGACCGAUGAGAACAUUUUGCUUGUGCAGUCCAUACAAAUCACCGAUAAGUUUGCCUUCAAUGGCGCCGAUGCGCAGAACGCUGGUGCUGAUGGUCUCAACGAUGGACUGGCCAAGUUGCAAUUGGAAUUGGCCAACAAAACGGACACUUGCAUAAACGGUUAUGGCUUCAUAAUUGCCGGGGCGCUGUUCUUGCUGCUGCAACUGACGGUGAUUGCCGUUUGGGACAACAUGCAAAAGCGCGCGUUACACAAGCGAUAAACUGGCGGCUGGAUGUGUGUUUUGCGGAAACUAGCAUGAAAUUCUCUUUAGCUGAACGAGUAAAAAAGAAAAACCAAGAAAGAAAAACAGAAAAAAAAAACUUAGCAACGCUCAUAAUCUAGUUAGUAGCUGUACGAACGAAAUGGGUCCUCCAAAUGUGGCAAGCGGCGUUGUGGCAGUUGUGGCAUCUUCAAAGUCAUUGCGCGCAGCGUAGAGCUGGACUUCUCUACACCACCAACACCAUCACCUCCCUCUUCCCAAAUGGCCAAUGGAAAAUGUGUGGCAAUGACUGAACACACACACACACACAUACACAUAAACACAAGCACACACACACACAUACACACAUUUUGGUAGGGCAUUAAGAACUGUAGCUUAAUAUUUAUGCUCAUAUACAUACAUAUGCUAAAAACUCUAUAAGACUUACUGCUUAAGACUACUCUGAAUAUGUCGACAUAUACUAUCAGCUUAAGACUCAAAAAGAAAGCUCCUUAGUCGUAGUGCGAAGAACCAUUCAAACCUCUCAACUGAGCAGGCUGUUGUAACUGAA